CAGCGGCGCUCGGCGUCCGCUCCUUCCUUCGGCCGAUCGUGAAUGUUCGGGUGUCCUCGGCUCGGCUCGUCGUUUGUGGCAGUGGCCGCGCACCUCGGCUCCGAGUUUCAAGCUGCGUGGAUAAGCUCGUAUACGCGAACCAGCUGAACGGGACUGGCUCCUUCACCGGUGGGCGCCCCACGUUCGAUGGAUUAUACACGCCGAUUAACGAUCUAAUUAACCCCGUCGCAGUCAUGACCGGUACGCGUCGACCGUCUCUCGAUUCGAACACCUCCUUACCCUCCGAGUUUGAAUCAACGUGUAACCGCGUCUCGCCCUCUCCUCACGUCUGCCGCAGUCUUAUUCCGUUCGCGCGGAGUCGCGCAGCCUGAAACAACGUUAAACCGCUCGGCACGCGGAUAAAACGAAAAAUUCCCGACAAACGCCGGUUCGUCGCAAGUUCCCUCCCCGAGUGUGUUACGUACGAUACGUAUAUAUGUACACAACGUAUACCAGUGAUGUUUUAAAAUUGUAUAAUAUAUAUAUAUAUGUAUAUAAUGUGUGUUUGUGCGAAGUAUUAACAUUGAUCCACGAAUACGUCGAAACGUGACGUCUAACGUGAAUCGAUUACAGUCACCGUCGUUCCUGCGACAAAAGCUGAGCAGCGAUAAUCUCCCUCCCUCGCCCCUCGCCCACCUCUCUUGAAUUACCUCAAGCCUGCGAGAAUUCUGGAAUCUUUCGUGGUCCUGGGACACACGGGGCACGUCGUCGCCGUCUACGAUCACUGCGGCAAGUGAUACGCGAGCGAGGAUACCGCGAAGGGAAAAUCGGACUCGUAGGCGGAGCCUAAGGUCGGGGACACGUGACAGGGAAACUGUCACGCCGCCCUUUCUCCCUACCACCUGCCGCUCGCUACCUGCCCCCUCCAACCCGCCCUCCCCCUCCUCCAUUGGGCCGCGUCCCAAUUCCGCGGACCGAAAUUCACCCCGGAUAUGUAUCGCGAUAUUGUUAAAUAAACAAAACAAGUUUUUCCAACCACGAGCGGGGUGGUAAUUUAUUUACGACAUGAAUGACACUUGGAAGCGUUUUUCUUCGGUAUUCGCGAGUUUUAUACCCUGCGAUUUGUAGAUGCGGGUAGGUGUAACACGCGUGAAAAAAUGUCGGCGAUGAUCGUGUUGUUACCGAGUAGUUGUAUCUAAUCGUGCGGUAUGCAACAAGGCAGCGUUGGAGGCUACGAGAACCAGGGGGUUCCGAUAAAUCUGGAAAAGAAAAGCCGGAAUGAUUUUGUGCCGUUUAACAACGACGACGUUGGAGACGUUCUUCGCGAUAAUUCCUCGCGCGGGGGUAGCGACGUUAAAGUGAAAAUGGAAGCCGAGGAUGCGGAAAGUGUCGUCGAGGUUGCCGUGAAGGCGGAAGCCAGAGAGGGAUGCGAGGCGACGGCGGAAUUCUCGAUCCAGAAGACGGUUCCCGAUGCCGAAUCGGCGCCUCCGACGUCCUUCGCCAAAGUUAUAAAUAGCGCCGACUUUCUCAAGCCUCAAUAUCACCAAACUCAUCCCGGCUACCAUCACCCACCGUUUCCGGUCGUCGGACCCAACAAGGUGCCGAAUUUCAACUUCCAGAACUUUUACGCGGCUGCCGCCGCCGCCGCUGCGGUUUCACCGUAUCGCGGUCAACACGUACAGCCUAACAAAAGUAUGAACAAUUUUCACGGCGGCGCUACGCAGAUUAACGUGCAUCAAAACCCGGCGCCUCAGCAGCAGCAGCAUCAUCAAAACUUUAGGGGCAGACCGUUGUCAAACGAGAGUUAUCAACAUCGUUUCAACACCAAUUAUCACCAAGUAAACAACAACCCCGUUUCUUAUCCCGGAUUCCAAACCGCUUCGCUGAUGUCGCCGCCAACGACGAACUCGUUCACCUACAACAACAAUCAUAAUAAUAACUACAGGACGCAGUAUCCGAGGCAUCGGAAAUGGAACAAUCCGGCAGGACUCCGAGGACUUCAUCCGCCCAUGCCGUGGCCAACGUGGUUCUUUCGACCGGAUUUACCUCCCGUUUCGACGCCCGUCACUACCCACGUUUCUAGUUCAGUGGAUGGUCCGAUUACUUCUCCAUUGACACCAAGAAUUCAUCCCGACAUCUCAAAAGUUCAAGAUCUCCCACUGGACGGCAGCAAGAUUCAUGGCCAAACACCGACUAUUUGCACGUCGAUCAGAUGCACGGUGAACGGAUGCUCGUGCGACUCGUUUACACCAGGAAAGCGUCACCUGCGGUACUGCGAGAAAUGCCAUCACGGCUGGGUGCCUCACGCGCUCGCGCGACUGUCAAGCGUUCGGGUUGCCGGCGGUGGUGGGGAUGUCGCCUCCAGCCCCCUCGCGACCUCCGGUGGUAGGGAUGACAACGGCGCCGGAGGGAGGGUAGCGCCGGUACGUGGUGGGGAUGACCGGAGAGGCGAACAGGAGGUGGAGAAGUCACGCAGCCCAGAGAGUGUCGAGCCGACGGCCGCGUUUGACGUCGCAUCUCUCGUUCUCUAUGGUUCGCGCGCGCUACCGAUACGACUAAAGAUAUUGCUCGAUCAGUUGCUUAACCAACUACCGCAACAACAAGUUACGCGUCUGCUUGCCGCUUUCGGCUGGACCAGCGAGGAUUACAGUAGAGGAUACAUACUGCAGGACUCGCAGAACGGCCCGGUUCUGGACCGAUGGAGCAUAUGCUCGGCUGAGGAGGAGCCGCUGGUCCUUCAGCAGUUCCUCAGAUUCGCCGAGACGCGUCCCUUCGUCCAGCAACUGUUGUUGGCAGCGGGAACGCCGGGAUCGGAUGCUAUGUCACCGAGUCGUCGACCGUCGCCGCCAACGAUGCCCCUCGCCCACCUGCCACCGCCGCUCCACCUCCUCCACUGCGGACUUCCACCCCCGGGUUCGCGGCUGCCGCCCCCGCCGCCGCCGCCCCCGGUAUCACACCCGUCCAUGUCGCCCAGCUCGGGGCAGAAGCACCACUACAACCACUCGUCGAUAAACGCCUCGACGACGACGACGACGACGACGACGAGCGUCAGCUCGCCGCCACGGAGUAUCGAAAAUUCACAAUUCACCGUGUCCCCGUUGAACAGGCUGCAGAGCAUGCAGCCGUUCGACUUCCGGAAGCUCGGGGCCCUCGGUCUUCCCGGUUUCCCGCCGCUUCCACCGCCGCCGCCGGCCGACGUGAUCCUCGGAUCUCGAAAGUCGAUGCGACACUCCCAAAGAUCUCACAGUCCUCCUCUUCACAUCUCGAACUCCCAGCUCAGGCCUCCGGUACCAACGAUGCCGCCGGUGUCUUCGGCCGCCCUCACCUUCAGUCACUCCCUAGCCGCGGCCGUGUCGUCGGGCACGCUGCCUCCGAAUUUCCCGACUCAUUUUCCGCCCCCGCCAAUGAUGGGGAAGCCAACGGGCGGCGGUAUGCCCGGAUCUAUCGACAUGCACAGCAGCGGCGAGAAGAGCAGCGAUUUCGGCUCCGAGGACGACGAGGACGACGACGAGAACUCGGGGAGCGCACUGAACCUCAGCAGGCGGGGGGACGGAUCUGCGAAACAUGAGAACCACCAGAACCACCACCAUCACAACAACCACCAUCAUCAUCACCAUCAUCAUCAUCAUCCGAUGUCGAUGCAGCCUGCGCCGCUUGGGAGGCCGCCCGGUGUCCCAGGACGGAAACCGCACUCCCCGGGGAAACGACAGCAGUGGGGAACCUCGCCGAACCUACCGCUCAACCUUGGAACGCAGUUCAUAAACCCAGCGACGGGGAAGAAGAGGGUUCAGUGCAACGUUUGUCUGAAGACCUUUUGCGACAAGGGGGCGCUCAAGAUUCAUUUCAGCGCCGUUCACCUGCGGGAGAUGCACAAGUGCACGGUCGAGGGCUGCAACAUGAUGUUCAGCUCGCGACGGUCCCGGAACAGGCACAGCGCGAAUCCUAAUCCAAAGCUACAUUCCCCUCAUCUCAGAAGGAAGAUCUCACCGCACGACGGACGUUCCUCGAUGGCUCACGCUCUUGUCCUUCCACCCCAAGUUGGGCUCCCGGUACCGGCGACCGGUCUGAACCCUCUGUCCUUCGGAUCUUUUCCUCUCCUCACUCCGCCGCCGGAUCUGCGCCACUCCGCCGCCCUUGACUUCAAACACCUCGAUCUCUCGUCUAACCAGAACUGCAACCGCGCCGGGUACGAGGAACUCCAUCAGAGGAGGACGUCGUCGAACACAACGGCCAGUAUGUCGCCACCUGCUCCACCCACCGCACAGGAAUGCGAUGAGGAGGAGGACGACGACGACGGUAUCGUCGUGGUAGCGGAGGAGGAACACGGCCAUCAACCGAUGAUCGUUUCGCAAAGAGACGAGGAAGACGAUCAGCCCGCCGAUUUCAGUCUGGCUAAGCGACCCAGGCUCUCGGUUAGCGAUCUCGACGACGACUUUGCGAGCAACGUCGACAGCAACGAGGACAACGACUCGGUCGGCACUAUCGACCAGCCACCGUCGUCCGUUCAUCCGAACUCCGCGAACUCGAACACUCACAACCGGGGCGUACGGAAAAGAAAGUCCCAGAAUCCUACGAGGUGCGCGAUGCCGACGGAGACUCAUUCCUCGUCCACCGAGGGUGAAUCCUCGAACGACGCCAUCUUCCAGGACCAACCCGAGGACAUGUCAAUGUCUCGACUCCAGGAAGUUGAGGAAAAGAAGACUACGUCUCCUCGACCUUCGUCCCGGAACAGAUCGACCUCUGGUUCCCCGGAACGGGCUGCGGUCGUCGAAAGUUCCGGAAUCAUUACUACGGGGUCGAAGCAGGAGAGCAACGGGGAUACGCCAAUUCUCGUUGCGGAUGAACCGCUCCAGGAGGAACCGAGGGAUCUUAGCUCGAGGGCGAGCAGCGGUCGUCGAUCUCCCAGACAGUCUAGUACUCCGGAACCUGUCAAGGCGGCGGCCUCGCCGUCGAGAAUUGUCGACACGACGCCGCCGCACGAAAGCCGGGAUCGAAAAAUUCCUGAGAAUCGCAGAGACGAGAAUGAGGACCACGAGCAGGACCGGAACCAGGACCAGAACCACGACCAAGACCAGGACCAGGAACAGGACCAGGUGGACGAGGAGGAGGAGGAGGACGAGGAGGAUCAGGCGGAGGAUGAUGAUGAUGACGAAGAUGUCGAGGACGAGGAAGAGGACGAUCAAGUCUCGGUCAAACGCCGGCAUCAAGAAGGUGAGCGCCCCGAUGAUACAACCCCCCGUGCCCGAUCGAGUUCGGUCGACAGCAGCCACCUGACAACUGCCGACGACCUCUCGCUCGACUCCUCGAAUGCUUUGCGUCAACUCGAGUCAUUGUCGCAGGGUCGAAUGCUGUUCGGAACGCUACAGCAGCAGCAGCCGCAGCCGCCACAGCAGCGGCAGCAGCAGCAGCAGCAGCAGCAGCAGCAGCAGGAGGGUUCGAGGUCUGGCAGAAUCUCUACCAGCCCCACCAGCUGCAGCCCAACGAUGGAGAAUACGAUGAUGGAGCAGUCGAUGAUCGGGGACCGGCUGGACAUCCACAGCCUGGACAGAUUCGAGCGGUUGGACCAGUUGGAGCUAAUGGACCGAAUGGACACCUACUCUCAUGGCUCACGCUCAUCCAGCGCCUCGCCCUCCACAACGGGCAUGGACAUGGACAAUAGCCUUAUAACUUACGCCCGUUACGAGAACGGGGGCUUCGUAAGUACACAGGAGGUUCCCCUGGACAGGGAAAAUCCUCGUCGAUGUACCGCCUGCGGCAAGGUGUUCCAAAAUCAUUUCGGGGUGAAAACGCACUACCAGAACGUCCACCUGAAGCUGAUGCACCGGUGCAGCGUCGACGGCUGCAACGCGGCAUUUCCAUCGAAAAGAUCGCGGGAUCGGCACUCGGCGAACCUUAACCUCCACCGGAAGCUGUUGUCGACGUCGUCGAGUCCUCCCCUCGCGAACAUACCAUCGGGCAGCCUCCCGCCGCACCUCGUCGACGAUCCCCAGCUGAACCCGCUCCUCCACAACGAGUUCUUCGCGAGGCUUUACGCCGACGCCGGUAUCGGGGCGAUCGGCGGCUAUCCGCUGCCCCCCGGAGGUGUGCCGGGCGUCGAUCUAGCCGCCCGAAUCCCGCCGCCCCAUCCCCUACUCCUGCCUCCUCACCUCGGUGCUUUCACGGGUCUCUCAUCGUUCGCCAGUCAUCUCGCAGGGUUGAACGGCAUAACCCAUCAGCAUCUCAACCAUCUCACGAGGUUGUCCCAGGAGCGUAACAACCCUCGCAACAGCUCGUCCCAUUCCGGUUCCCCGGUCUCGUCGCCGAACCCUGACGACCUUCACGGGAACAAGGAUCAGGAGGCGGCGAGAUGCAUGAUACCGGGCUGCGACAGGGUUUUCAAUUCCAAAGCCGUACGCGACGCGCACUCGCGCGAUCCUCAGGCCCAUCGCGAUCUACCACCAGUUGUAUCGACCAACACGUCGUGACCGCUAUCCUGGUAUCACGCUCUACGACAACGUAAUUACUCUUUGCUGUGAUGCCAAAAUCUAUUAUAACAAUAACAACAACAACAACAACAACAACAACAAUAAUAAUAAUAGCAAAUAAAAAAAAAAAAAGAAUUCUCGCUGCUCACUCGUGUAUGUAUACAAUAUAUAUACAUUUAUACAUCUAUAUAUCAUAUAUAUGUGUACAUGUAUAGGGAUAAACGAUUUUUCGUCAAUCGUUGUUCGUUGUAUACUUAUAAUUAUAUAUGUAUACCUAUACCUAGGUACACGUUAUAUAGACGGUUUGUUAUAGAUAUAAUAUACCUAGUUUCUAUGAUAUCCUGGGUAUCAUUAUUUUUGUUCUUAUUAUUUUUAUCAUCAUUAUUAUCAUUAUAAUACGCAAUCUUCAUCGGUCGAUCGAUUUUUACACUCUUCGUGCUUGUUUUUAUUUUAUUUUUUUUUAUUUUGUUGUUUAAUUUUUUUUUUUUUAUUUUCUUAUUAUCAUCAUACGGCGGGUAACAUGUACAAUAUUUAUUGAUUAAAAGCUAAUCGUGCGGAAUAGUAUAUAUGUAUAACAACCGUUGAACUAUCUAUGCUGUAUAGACGAAUAAAACUUAGAACGUUAUUUAGUUAGUGCAGACUUAUAUUGUGUUUGUAUACGAGAAAAUCAGAUGCAAGGCGUGUAUGUGUUUGUGUGUGUGUACAUGAGAGAAAGAGAGUGAAAGAGAGAGAGAGAGUGAGAAGGGCGGGGGGGGAGGGAGAGAGGGAGAGAGAGAGAGAGAGAGAGAUACAAUGAAGAAUAAAAAAUUACCGGUAAUUAAUAUUUAAUCACUAACCAAUCAGUACUGUGUAUAUAAUAUACAUACAUACCAAUAAAUACAUUAUAUUAUAUAGUCCUUAAAAUGUCGAUGUGUUAAGCGUAAAGAUAAAUAAACUAUUCUAGGCUAUACUAUACAAAUAUAAUAUACAUACACCUACGAUUUAUAGUAUCGUAUAAUAUUGAGAUAUGUAUACCGCACCUUGGUGUGGACUAUGUUGCAAAUUUUUUCAUUAAAUUUGCAAAGGAAAAAAAAAAAAAACCAACACCAACAAACAAACGAAGGAGAAAAAAAAAUAAAUAAAA